UCAAAGACUGAAAGACGGAUUCGAGCCGGAUUUGCUGUUUGACCUUUUUAUAUAUUUUUAAAAUUUUUUAAUUUUAAUUUUUUUUGCAGGCCUCCACCCUCACCCACUUUUUCUUUUCAUUUUUUUUAGAAAAACUGAUAUAUCAAAGCCACUGGUGCUGGGGCUGGAUCGAGCAGGAGCUUGACGAAGGAGAAAAACAAUGGCGAGGCUGUCGACGAGGUUCCGAUCCAUCAAAAAUCCCCACCCACCUUCCUCCCCGGCUGAUAAAAGGAAGGCAGAGGCCGUUUCCUCUUCCUCCUUCCCAGCUCUUCCUCGAUAUCAAAAUGGAAGAACAAAAGAUUCCAAGACGAAACGAGCAACCGCUUGGUCCGUCUAUUUGAUCGUUUCUUCUCGACUACCCAAGACCUACGUUGGGGUCACCACCAAUAUCAUUCGCCGUUUGAAACAACAUAAUGGUGAAUUAAGGGGUGGAGCAAAAGCAUCUUCUUCAGGAAGGCCUUGGGUUCUUGCAUGUAUUGUUCGAGGAUUUAAGGACCAAAGUGAAGCUUGUGAGUUUGAAUCAAAAUGGAAGGGCAUUUCACGAAAAAUGCCACGGAAAAAGAAGGAAGGCUGUGUCUCAAAUUCGUUGUUGCAACACCGUGAAUCAGCUUUGAACAGACUACAAGCAUCAUUUGAUUGCAGCCACUUACAAAUUGAAUGGCAAUCUAUCUCAUCUUGAUUUACUGUUGCACUGAGCAAUACAUAGGAUUUUUCUGGAAGGAGUUUGUUAAUAGUUAUUUAAUAGAGCAUCUGGGAAAGUCUCAUUACCCCUAUUUGCAAAGGGAAAGGAAAUGACACUAAGAUGCAAAGAGGAGUCCAAAAAAAAAAUAUGCAACUCAUAAAUUAUUUUUUGCAAGAAAGAAUAUGUAAUUAUAUCAAAGAAGAUUUCUUCAACUGGGCUAAAAUUUAAUGUGCAACUAUUGUUUCAUUGUGGAGGUUCCUUGUUGAUUUCUGUUAAUUGUGCUUGCCUAAUUGUUUUUAUGUGAGGGGCCAUCUUGAUUUGCCUAUCUUGGCUAGAAGUGAGAGAAUGCAUCAGCUAAUAGCUAGGUGGAACAAUCUAAAGGAUGCUGUUCAUUUUGUAUUUGAAUUUCCUCCUAUUGGAACAUCUAUACUGAAAACCAAGCUGCAAAAUGGAACUCAUGCCAAGAUUGUUGUCAACAACAGCAAACAAGGUCAUCAGCAAUAAAAUUCUUGUGGGCAUUACCAGGAAAACAUUUUCAUUUCUUCUUCCAUAACCAAAAGGUGAACACUUCAGCUUCCAUUUUUAUAUGCAAAAAGGUUUUCUGACUUCAGUUAUUUGAUAUAUAUCUUGAUUAAAGUCUGCGACAACCUUAUGAAACCAAACUAAGCCCUGCAAAAAACCUAGUGCAUGGCCUGACUUGGUUCACGAAAAUGUUUGAUGCAUGGCAUAUUAAGUUCUACCCCAAAAAAAUGGAUUAUCUAGUUAUCCUUUGUUUAACUAUAUGGUAUUGUAUGAUGCCGGUGCUUAUGGUGUUCCUUGUGUUGUAUUUUAAGCUUGAUGCAUCUGCAUGAUUCUUUGAUUAUAAAUGCAUCUUUUAUGGAUCAUCCAAACUUUACGGUCUUAUAAAUUCUACAGUGUCAUCAUUAGUUACACGAUCGUCAUCAAUUUUCUGGAAUGAAGAUCGAUCUUCCACUCCUGUAAGUUACAUGAAAUCUUUGUUAUUUCAUGCAUGGAUUGCAGUUGUAAGAAUGAUCUUGUUAUGCGGAAGAUGAGAAAGGCUAGUUGUUAAGUUACUUGACAUACCAUAAGGGAAAGGUUUUGCAUACUGAUAUACAGUGGUAACAGUAAUGGAGUCUCAGCUUUGGGACGGACAUCCUUAGUUAAAAUUAAUUUUAGAUUGAGGUCCAUUUUUAAUCUCAAAGAAAGGGUGGUAUGUUAUUUGGCAUGAAAUCUCGAGGAGAUAUGCAAAUAAACAUAAAUAUUUUGCAGAACAUGUUUUUGUUUUUUUCCCUUUAUUUUUUUCCCAGAGUGCAGAAAAAUUGGAGUUCAAGUAGGCCGAGCAAUGUCAGAACGUUAAUACUCUAUAUUAUGGAAGGGUACUAAUUGAUGAUUUAAGAGUGAGGCUUUGCCAGUUCAUCUUGCUCAAGAGUCCUUGUUUGUUCACAGGUUGAUCAACAGAGAUCGGAUGUCUACUUCUUUCACUUAUAAUUCGUACACUGGAAGCACCUAUGCCGGUGAAGUCUGCAAUUUCAUCAUAAGCCAUUAUGUGGUGGCAUGUGAGCAAUCAUGGUCAUAUUCAAUAGCAAUAGCAAAGGCAUAAGCAAGGCCAACCAGCCACCGCCCUUGUGCCAGGUUGGUUAUAAAACUAAGAAUUGCCAAGAGUCCGAGGUUGACACUUGAUAUGGCAGCUUGUAAACAGGGAUUAAAAGAGAAGAGGGAAUACUCUUAAGCAAUCAGAUAUGUCAUCUCUAUUUGUCCAGCAACUGUCAAAGUUUGGGGUCUUUGUCAGUUUGUAGACACUGGGACCAUCAGACCCAGAACGUGUUCCCCUACCUGAGAUUUUAGAGAGAAGCAUGGGGCUCAACCUGGAUAAGGUCCUGGAGGCUCAGUCCUUUGCCUUGAUAUGGAGUUGCAAUGGAGACAACUAGCCGCUUAUAGCUGAGGGUGAUCCUCUCUCUACACUCUCUGGCCUUCAGCAAUGUCCUUUCACUGUGUCUCCUCUUCAUCCUAGCCGCAAUGGCAGCACAUCCUGAGUCAAGCGGGCUGCACUCUCUGAUCUGCUUGCCUGCAGUCUCUAGCAUGGCCUCUUGCUGUACAUUUUAAACAAAAUAUGUUAAUCAGUUAAUUCAUAUUAAGUCCACAUUUUGAUCACUAGUGUGGUAUCCCUUUUUUUUUGGUGGUAUUGUAACAAAUGCUGUGUUUAUUUCAGUGUUUAGUGGCUAUAUAUUAUGUGCUCAAAUUUUUUGAUGAAUUAGCAAUUCUCUCUACUUUUGACCGU